CAGUCGAUGUUGGGCUAAUGGGCAAGGUACAUAUUGGAUUGAUCAAAUAUAAACGAAUGGUACAUGAAGUAUAAACACUGGACAUGGCCAGCAUAUGGUGGCAACAAUCUUAGGGUCACACAGCACUUCUAGAAGAUGUCGAACAGAGGAGGCUCGGAUCCGAGGGCUGAGUUAGCGGAGCUGGUUAAAAAGAGAGCCGAUAUUUCGGAGACAUUGGCUAAUCUGGAGAGGCAGAUCUACCUGUUCGAGGGUAGCUACCUGGAGGACACACAGCUGUAUGGCAACAUCAUCCGCGGCUGGGACCGCUACCUCUCCGUCAACAAGAACAGUACCAGCAAGCAGGACAAACGCAACAGGAAGUUCAAGGAUGCUGAGCGCCUGUUCUCCAAAUCAUCCAUCACGUCGAUCGCGGCGGUGAACGGCAGUGUGGAGCACAGCCACCACUCCUACCGUGGCACCGACACCGACUCGCAGGGCAACCACAGCGGCUCCGAGGAGGUGAACGGCUCCGUGGACGGCGUCAGCGACCUCAGCGAGCGCGACCUCUUCCGCGCCAAGAAGAACCGGCUCAAAAAAGUCAGCAAGAAGGUGGCGCGCCACCGGUGAGCAUGCGCGCGCGGCCGGCGGCGCUGGCACCUUCGGCUGGCGGCGCUGGC